UCUAGAGUUCCAGUUCUAGUCCGUAAAAACAUUCAGCUCUGUUCGCAAUCGCUGCAAAGCUUCUCGUCUUCUUCCCCCGUACAUUAGCAGCACAGCUGCAGACUUGCAUCUCCUUCGUAGUCCCCGCCCGUCUCUCGCAAACGACCAAGGCGAUCCCUCCAAAACCUUGGCCAAAUCCUGCUAAUUCCAGUGAUCCCUUCUUGUUCCUCACCUCGCUAAAUCCAUUCUUGUUUGCCGCCAAGCACCUCUGUUGCUUUAGUUAGUACGACAAGCACGUACAGACAGUCAUACAGAAACCAUGCGACCAGAAAGGCCACCGCUGCACCCUCCGGCGCAAUCGUCGCAUGAGGCGGCGGAGGCAGACAUGGACCUGCCCGCCGGCAGGCUGCCGGACCCGUUGCCGUCGCCCAUAAUUAAGCACUCGCCGUCCAUGUCGAUACAGUCGCGGUCGCUACGAUCGUCCUCCGUGCACUUCGCGGCGGACUUCCGUUCGCGCUCCUCCAAGCCCGAAUCCGCCUCGCCGUCCAUCGAGAGCUUCCGCACCGCCCGGUCGGGUACCCCCGGCGUCUCGCGGUCGUCCACGCGGCGAUCGGCGUCCGAGCGUCUCGGCUCCCAGCGGGACCUCCGCGACGAGGACGCGCGGUUCGUCUACAUCAACGACGCGCCGCGCACCAACGCGCCGCCCGCCGUGCUCCCGGACAACUCCGUGCACACGGCCAAGUACUCCAUCGCCACCUUCCUCCCGCGUAACCUCUACGAGCAGUUCCACCGGGUCGCCAACGUCUACUUCCUCAUCCUGGCGGCGCUCAACUUCGUGCCGCAGCUCCUCGUCUUCUCGCCGGUCGCGGGCAUCCUGCCGCUGGCGUUCGUGCUCGGCGUCACGGCGGUGAAGGACGGGUACGAGGACUGGCGGCGGCACCGGUCGGACAAGAACGAGAACAACCGCACUGCGUCUGUUCUGGUGGACGGCGUGUUCCGGCCGAAGCGGUGGAAGGAGAUGCAAGUGGGGGACGUGGUGCGCGUCGUGGCCAACGAGACGAUGCCGUGCGACAUGGUCCUGCUCUCCACCAGCGACCCGACCGGCGUGGCCUACGUCCAGACCAUCAACCUCGACGGCGAGUCCAAUCUCAAGACGCGCUACGCGAAGCAGGAAACCAUGCUCACGCCGCCGGAGGCGCUCGCGGGGGUCAUCAAGUGCGAGAAACCCAACCGCAACAUCUACGGCUUCCUCGCGACCGUAGACCUUGACGGCCGCCGUGCCGUCUCCCUCGGUACCUCCAGCAUCAUGCUGCGGGGCUGCGAGCUCAAGAACACGGCCUGGGCGAUCGGAGUCGCCGUGUACACCGGCAGCGACACCAAAGUCAUGCUCAACAACUCAGGCGCGCCGUCCAAGCGCAGCCGGCUCGACACGCAAAUGAACCGCGAGACCAUCGCGCUCGCCGUCACCCUGGUGGUCCUCUGCUCCGUCGUGGCCCUCCUCGCCGGAAUCUGGCUCGGCGACCAUAACGACAAGCUCGGCGUCAUCCCCUUCUUCCGCAAAUACGACUACUCCUCGCUCGAGGUCGGGAAGUACAACUGGUUCGGGACGGGCGCGCAGGUGCUGUUCACGUUCAUGUCGGGCGUGAUCCAGUUCCAGGUCAUGAUCCCCAUCGCGCUCUUCAUAUCCAUGGAGAUCGUGAGGGCGGGGCAGGCCUACUUCAUGGUGCAGGACGACCACAUGUUCGACGACAAGAACAAGGCCAGGUUCCAAUGCCGGGCGCUCAACAUCAACGAGGACCUCGGGCAGAUCAAGUUCGUCUUCUCCGACAAGACAGGCACGCUCACGGAGAACAAGAUGGAGUUCCGGUGCGCCAGCGUGCACGGCCGUGACUUCAGCGAGAACGACGGCGGAGGGGAGGAUAGGAACGCCGUGCUUGUGGACGGCGUGAGAUUGAGGCCGAAGACGCCGGUGAGAACGGACCCGAAGCUGACGGCGCUGCUCAAGGACGGGACGGGCGCCAUGGCCGCGCGCGCCCGCGACCUGUUCCUGGCGCUGGCCACCUGCAACACCAUCGUGCCGAUCGUGGAGGAGGACCCGGCGGACCCGGCGGCGAAGGUGCUGGAGUACCAGGGCGAGUCGCCGGACGAGCAGGCGCUGGUCUACGCCGCGGCGGCGUACGGGCACACGCUCGUGGAGCGCACCUCCGGCCACAUCAUCGUCGACGUGUUCGGCACCAGGCAAAGGUUCGAUGUUCUUGGUCUUCACGAGUUCGACAGCGACCGCAAGAGGAUGUCGGUUAUAAUUGGCUGCCCUGACAAGACUGUCAAGCUGUUUGUAAAAGGUGCAGAUAGUUCCAUGUUUGGAAUCAUCGACAAAACACUGAAUCCAGAUGUUGUUCAGGCAACUGAGAAGCAUCUCCAUUCAUAUUCGUCAGUGGGCCUGCGAACACUUGUCAUCGGCGUGCGGGACCUUAGUCAGGCAGAGUUUCAGGAGUGGCAAAUCGCUUAUGAGAAGGCUAGCACUGCAUUACUUGGAAGAGGGAACCAACUACGUAGCGUGGCUGCCAACAUUGAAAGAAAUAUGCGCCUGCUGGGAGCCUCUGGUAUCGAAGAUAAGCUGCAGGAAGGAGUACCUGAAGCAAUUGAAAAACUAAGGCAAGCAGGGAUUAAGGUCUGGGUACUGACUGGUGACAAGCAAGAAACCGCCAUCUCUAUCGGCUACUCCUGCAAACUCUUGACAAGGGAGAUGACACAGAUUGUAAUCAAUAGUAACUCAAGAGAGUCAUGUCGAAAGAGUCUAGAUGAUGCAAUCUCCAUGGUUAACAAGCUUCGGUCAUUAUCAACUGACUCUCAAUCUAGAGUGCCCCUUGCUUUGAUCAUCGACGGAAACAGCCUCGUCUACAUUUUUGACACCGACCGGGAGGAGAAGCUUUUUGAAGUUGCCAUCGCUUGUGAUGUUGUUCUAUGUUGCCGGGUGGCUCCUCUACAGAAGGCUGGCAUUGUUGAUCUGAUAAAGAAAAGAACGAGUGACAUGACUCUAGCUAUUGGAGAUGGUGCAAAUGAUGUAUCCAUGAUUCAAAUGGCCGAUGUUGGCAUCGGCAUCAGUGGGCAAGAGGGAAGGCAAGCUGUUAUGGCCUCAGAUUUUGCCAUGGGGCAGUUCAGAUUUCUUGUCCCACUGUUGUUAGUUCAUGGUCACUGGAACUACCAAAGAAUGGGCUACAUGAUUCUGUACAAUUUUUACAGAAAUGCUACUUUUGUCUUUGUCCUUUUCUGGUAUGUACUCUACACUGGUUAUACCCUGACAACAGCAAUUACUGAGUGGAGCAGUGUGUUGUAUUCGGUGAUCUAUACCGCUGUACCGACUAUCGUUGUCGCCAUUCUCGACAAGGAUCUGAGUCGGAGCACAUUGCUAAAAUAUCCCCAACUUUACGGUGCGGGUCAGCGCGAGGAGAAUUACAACCUAAGGCUAUUUAUUUUCAUCAUGAUGGACUCUGUUUGGCAGAGUGUCGCAGUUUUCUUCAUCCCUUACCUCGCAUACAGAAACAGCGCAAUCGACAGCGCCAGCCUGGGAGACCUGUGGACACUGUCUGUUGUCAUUCUUGUCAACAUUCACCUUGCAAUGGAUGUGAUCAGAUGGACCUGGAUUACUCAUGCAGCAAUAUGGGGCAGUAUUGUGGCGACAUGGAUUUGUGUUAUCGUCAUAGACUCUAUACCAAGCUUGCCCGGUUUCUGGGCCAUCUACAAGGUGAUGGGAACUGGAUUGUUUUGGGCAUUGCUGCUAGCAGUGAUUGUGGUUGGCAUGAUCCCUCAUUUUGCUGCAAAGGCUAUCAGCGAGCAUUUCAUGCCCAGUGACAUUCAGAUUGCGAGAGAGAUGGAGAAGUCGCAAGAUUCUCAUGAUGCCAGUCAUCCAGAAGUUCAGUUGAGUACAAUCGCUCGAGCAUAGGAGUAGGAGAUCUUUGUUCAUUCGGGUAGGCUAGAGUUACACCCUUCUCCUUUUGAAGAAAUUACACAUUUUCUUUGGUUCUUUUUGUUUUGUGUAUAUAAAGCAAUUCUUUUGACAGUGAGCAUGCUUCUUGUUGCUUGCUUCCUUGUCAACUAUCCAAAGGAUAGAUUUCUUGUAGCCAUGCUGUGUACAAUUUUUUGUUAAUUUAUAUGAAAAGAAACCGUACAGCAGUUAACUGUACAUAUUCAGGAA